CUAACGAACUAUAGGAGCAUUCCACGUUGCAUGGAGGCAGCCGUAACACCGUCACUAGGCGGGACCCACUCUUGGCGCCACGUGGGCUGUACGUUCCGAAAUCCAAUGCCUCCCCUCCCUUUUCCUUCUCCCGCCUUUAUCUCGACCAUUUUCUCUUCUCCUCUCUCUUUUCUGGUAAAAACCACAACUCGACCCUUCCUCUCCCCCUUCCGUUUUCUCGAUCAUCUGAAAUCGGGGAUAAAGAUCGCGAAACAAGGAAACGAGAGAGUAAUCAUGGACUCCAAUUUCGUCCUGGUGAGGCAGAUUCCGCCAGGGAUUCGGCUUCUGCGAGCUGUCAGAGGCCGGGAUUGGACCCUGAAAACUUACCGGUACGCGACCUUGCUGGUCACCUUCAUCGCCUACGCCUGCUACCACGCUUCUCGAAAACCUAGCAGCAUCGUCAAGAGCGUCCUCGAUCCCGACCCGCUGAACCGGCCGCUCUCAGGUAACGACCCCUUUCCUUGGCCGAUUGGGAAUGUGUUCAUCGAGGAACAAGGGCAAAAUUCUUCCCCCCUUUCGGAGAGCAGCAGGAAAGGUUGGGAGCCGUUCAAUGGCAAGGACGGGACGUCGAAAUUGGGGGAAAUCGAUGUCGCGUUCCUGUCCUGUUACUCGUUGGGGAUGUAUGUAGCGGGACAUUUGGGGGAUAAAUUGGAUCUGAGGCUGUUCUUGACCUCUGGCAUGGUAGGCAGCGGGAUCUUCGUCGCGCUGUUUGGGAUGGGUUAUCUCUGGAAUGUUCAUGUGUUUUGGUUCUACCUGGCGAUGCAAAUGGUCGCGGGGCUGUUCCAGGCGACUGGCUGGCCGUCCGUUGUGGCGGUGAUUGGGAACUGGUUCGGGAAGAGGAAGAGAGGGUUGAUUAUGGGGAUUUGGAACGCGCACACCUCCGUCGGCAACAUUAGCGGCUCGCUGCUUGCUGCUGCAGUGCUGAGCUGUGGAUGGGGGUGGUCGUUCAUUGUUCCGGGGGCGUUUAUUGUGUUGGGUGGGGUGUUGGUUUUCUUGUUCCUGGCUCCUUAUCCGGAGGAUAUAGGGUUUACUCACCGUCAGUUGAUGGCGACGGAUGAGAAUGGUCGGGAUGUGGAGGGUCAGAAUCGUGGCGGUGAGCAGGGUGGGAAUGAUGGAGGUGGUGGUGCUAGUAUUCCUGGACCGUGUGGAUCCGGACUGAGGACGAGCGUCGGCCUCUUAGAGGCUUGUUCGAUUCCGGGAGUUAUACCGUUUGCAUUGUGCUUGUUCUUCUCCAAGCUCGUGGCUUACACGUUCUUGUACUGGUUGCCUUUCUACUUGAGCCAGACAGCAAUUGGUGGGCACUUCAUGUCCGUGAAGUCUGCGGGAAACCUCUCUACUCUGUUUGACGUAGGAGGCAUCGUCGGUGGUAUUCUUGCUGGCUACAUAUCCGAUAGACUUAAAGCUCGAGCUAUCACAGCAGCCAGUUUCAUGUACAUGGCGAUCCCAGCCAUGCUCUUAUACCGGUGGUAUGGGAGUGUCUCCCAGACUCUGAACAUCGUACUGAUGAUGAUUGCUGGCUUGUUCGUGAAUGGACCAUACGCACUGAUCACAACAGCAGUGUCAGCGGACCUUGGCACCCACAGCUCUCUCAGAGGCGAUUCUCGAGCACUGGCCACCGUCACUGCGAUAAUCGACGGCACUGGAUCAAUCGGGGCAGCCCUUGGUCCGCUUCUCACCGGGUUUCUAUCGACGAGAGGAUGGAACUUGGUGUUUGUGAUGCUGAUGCUCUGCGCUCUUAUUGCUGGCCUUCUUUUGACGCGUCUAGUCAUUGCCGAAAUUGCUGAAAAGGCUGAUCGGCCGAUGCCUGGUAGUAAGCAGGGACGUGAAGCACCUGCAUCAGAGCCACUUCUAGGCAAUCUUUACAAGAACACGGAUUAGAAACUAGACACAAUUUUUUGGUUGGCUGAAACAAGACAGUCUGUAGAAGAAUUCAGAGGAGACAUGCAGCAGCCGAUAUAGAGUCUGUAUAGUCGCAUUGCCAUAUAUUGUUUCUGUUUUCUGUGUGGAAUGUAGUGUACAAAUUGGACUAUACAGAGUUAGUAGUAUAUAUAUAUGAAUCAUGAGUGUUACCACUUGUAACUCGAGAUGGCAAUGUGGAUUCGAGUUGCCUACCCGACUUGUUCAGACCUGAUAGUAGGACUUUUGACAGAAAUCAAUAUUCAGCCCAAGUCAACUCCUUAAAUUUGUCUUUUUGCUUCACAUGGAGUUGUGAUAAUGUAAUCUUUUUGUACAACAAAUGAGGAUGAUUUUUUUUCUUCGUCCAAGAAUG